AUGCGUUGUUUCCUGCUAUGGGCGUUUGCAUUAUUUGCAACACAACAUGCUGAUGCGACCCCAUCAAGAAUAGUAUGUUACUUCAGUAACUGGGCCAUCUAUAGACCUGGUGUAGGAAAAUAUGCUAUUGAAGACAUCCCUGUGGACUUAUGCACACAUAUAGUAUAUUCCUUCAUUGGGAUAGAGGAUAAAACAUGGGGUGUUCUUGUUAUAGAUCCAGAAUUGGAUGUUGAGAAAAACGGCUUCAAGAACUUCACGGCCAUCAAAAAAACCCACCCCAACAUCAAGCUUCAGGUGGCCGUGGGAGGAUGGGCUGAAGGUGGCGAAAAGUACUCGGCCAUGGUUGCCGAUAAAUCCAGGAGAGACCAUUUUAUCGCGGCCAUCGUCGACUUCAUGAACCGAUACGGCUUCGACGGUUUCGAUCUGGAUUGGGAGUACCCUGGAGCGGCUGAUAGAGGUGGAAGUUUUUCGGACAAAGACAGAUUCUUCUACUUCGUUGAGGAGUUAAGGAGGGCUUUCGAUGGAGAGGGUAAAGGUUGGGAGAUCACCAUGGCUGUGCCGAUUGCAAAGUUUAGGUUGAACGAGGGGUAUCAUGUGCCGGAGCUUUGCGAGUUGCUGGAUGCCAUUCAUGUCAUGUCUUAUGAUUUAAGAGGUAAUUGGGCUGGUUUCGCUGAUUCUCACAGUCCCUUGUACAAGAGACCGCAUGAUCAAUGGGCUUAUGAAACUUUAAAUGUCAACGAUGGUUUGCAAUUAUGGGUGGACUACGGAUGUUCCCCCAAAAAACUCAUUGUCGGAAUUCCCUUCUACGGAAGAUCAUUCACUCUAAGUAACAGCAACAACAAUUACAAUCCUGGAACUUACAUAAACAAAGAGGCAGGCGGUGGAGACCCAGGCCCAUACACAAACGCCACUGGUUUCUUAGCCUACUACGAAAUUUGUACUGAAGUGAACAACAAAGACGCAGGAUGGACGAAGAAAUGGGACGAGGCCGGUAAAGUACCGUACGCUUACAAAGGCAACCAAUGGGUCGGUUACGAGGACCCAGAGAGUGUUCAGAUCAAGAUGGAUUGGAUCAAAUCGAAGGGUUACGGAGGCGCUAUGACUUGGGCCAUCGACAUGGACGAUUUCCACGGUUUGUGCGGUCCCAAGAAUGCGCUCAUCGAGAUUUUGGCUGCCAACAUGAAGUCGUACAAUGUUCCAGAGCCUACUCACGCCACAACCCCAAGGCCUGAAUGGGCUAGACCACCAAGCACCCCAUCAGCGGAUGGUUCAAAACCAGUUAAGACAACUCCAAGGCCAGGCCAAUGGGAUCCAAACGCAAAGCCCUCGACCCAACCUAAACCAACUACGACCACCACCACCACAAGAAAACCCACAACGGAAACCCCCGACAGCAGCGAGGUAGUGUACCCGCAACUACCGACUUCACACAGUCCUGAGAUGAGCCCUACAUUGAAACCUACUACUACUACCACAGCUAGCUACAAACCUGAAAUACCUGAAGACAACGAUGUAGCGUACCCUGAAAAUAACGCCGACUGCAAGGGAGACUUCAUGCCACAUGAGGAUUGCGCCAAGUAUUACCGAUGUGUUCAUGGUAAACCAAUGGUGUUUGAGUGUAAGCCAGGAACUGCUUACCACACUGUAACAAACGUCUGUGAUUGGCCAGCCAAUGCUGACAGGGAACGUUGCAGACAUUAA